CAUUUCUUUUCGAAACGUGACAAAGUCGAUACACGCUCUCCACUAAAAAUCACUUGCUGAUUGGCAUUCAGUUAGUUCACACUUCCAUACUCGAGAGCGACAAGAAACAUGAGUAUUUUACCAAAAGUUUUCUUCGACAUGACCGCUGACGGCGAACCCAUGGGUAGAAUUACCAUGCAGUUGCGCUCUGAUGUUGUGCCCAAGACUGCUGAGAAUUUCCGAGCUUUGUGCACUGGAGAGAAGGGUUAUGGCUACAAGGGAUCCGUUUUCCAUCGCGUCAUCCCCAACUUCAUGUGCCAGGGAGGUGACUUCACUAACCACAAUGGGACUGGCGGCAAAUCUAUUUACGGCAACAAAUUCCAGGAUGAGAACUUCCAGUUAAAGCACACCGGACCCGGAAUCUUGUCAAUGGCCAACGCUGGGGCCAAUACCAAUGGAUCGCAGUUCUUCAUUUGCACCGCAAAGACGGACUGGUUGGACAACAAGCAUGUUGUUUUUGGAGAAGUUAUCGACGGAAUGGACGUGGUCAAGAGGAUUGAAUCGUUUGGCUCUCAAUCUGGCAAGCCCAAGAAGAAGGUUGAGGUCGCCGACAGUGGCGCCCUAUAAGCUACAUUUGUACACAGUUUCCCAACAAAUCGGGGGGGAUAGGGGGUUGAGUGUAAUACAAUAAAAGGGGAGAUUAUAGCGGA